UCCUUGAAGCAGCGGGUUUCGGACCGCUGCAUCUUUCUUUGCCACAGAGGCGGCGGUGGCGGGGGAAAAAAACGAGUCCUUGAGGGGAACGUGGGUGACGCUCGGAUGUCAGCGGCGCCAGUGAGUGCCUAGCUGUCCAGCCUUCGUCCCCACCGGAAAGUCUAGGAUGUCAAUGGAUAUUAUAAGGGGAAAGCUGGAUGGAAUUUCAAAACCAGCCUCAAGUUCAAGAUCAUGUCCAGGGAGCAGAAGUUCAACGGCUUCUCUGGAGGUGCUCCCACCAGAACCUGGGUCCUUCAAGAUUGACAUGCUAAACCAGUUGAAUUCUGGUACAGAGGGCCACUCCUCAAACAGUGGCAUGGAGAGAAGAAGAAGUAGUAAUUAUGAGAAGUGGGCACAGUACUUCAGAAACACAAAGUCAGCCAACGAGAGCUCACAUGAAGACCCCGGCUUGGCCCAUCGUCAGCUAUUCCCUGAGCACCCAGCUGAUCUCAAGUUAGAAAAACUGGAUGCCCAACUUCAAAGUGCUAUUCAAAAGAUGCACAAAUUUGAUAAGAUAUUGGCCAAAAGGCAAUAUAGAGAGAAGGAAGUUAAAAAGCAAGGUGUGGAAAUGAGGCAGAAGCUGUGGGAAGGACUCAAGUCUGCAAAAAACACUGAAGACUUGGAAAGUGAUGAGGAGUUGGAAAACACUAAAAAGUUUUUGUGUUUGACUUCAAAGUCUGCAGGAGCAUCAGACGUAGAGCCUGUGCGCUGUGAAUUUGAAGAUACCCUUUUCUCAGUGUUUCACACUCAGAUUCCUAUAGAAACUUAUGAAAAUCACACGAAGAAUGUCAAGAAGGAUUUUACCUGUGAUGUGGAAAAAAUUGAGCCAUUGGUCAAAACAGAAAGGAAUACAGAAAGGAUUGAGCCUAGGAGUAAACACAGCCAGGACUUCAUUAAGCGAAACAUUGAGUUGGCCAAGAAUUCAAGAAGCCCAGUGGUUAUGAUUGACAGGGAGAAGAAGAGGCUGGAUGAACUCCUGAGAGGCUUGGAUGACACAGAUUCAGGACUGUCCAGUUCUGAGGGCGAUCAGUGUGGUUGGCUGGUCCCAGGAGAAGGCUAUACCCUUGCCGACACCGAGUCUCAGCAACUUGCUGAGAUUGACACAAAGCUUCAGGAAUUCUCUGUAGUCUCUCCAACCGUCUUCAGCCUUUCUCCAAGACUCGAAAGUCAGAGCAAUAAGGAACCUGACCCCGAGGAAGAAGAGAAGACUACGGAACCAAUUCUAGGAGAAAAGAUACUCCGGGACAACAAAAAGCAAAGGGAUCAGCAGUCUCGGCUGAGAGCCAUCGACGGGGAGCUGAGAGAGCUCAACGAACAGUUAGACUCCACAUUACGUCUUUCUGAGGAGCGGCUGAAAUGUCUUCUGGAGGAGUGUGUAUCCCAACAGAAACGCAUCCGUCUUGCCCUUUCUUCUGAAGCACAAAACGAAGAUAUUGAAAUAGCGCUCGAGCCUCCACAGCUUUGCCCAUCUACCCUCUGUGAGUUACUGGAAGAGUCCAAAGCCAGGGACAAGAGACCCCAGCCAGAUUAUGCAAACGGGCCUGAGGAGGAGGGGUGCGCAUCUCCCUCAGGUUUCUAUCUCACCAAAGCCUUGGCUGGGCACUACAAUCCAGAAGCUCUGCUCAUCGAAAUAGAGACCAUGAAAGGCCUCCAGUUCUCAGAGGCUUUCAGCGAUGCAGCAGACUAUUAUAUGUCAAAGACCAUUGGCGUCGGGAGACUGAAAAAGCCCCCUUUCUUGGAUGAUCUCCUGGAUGACAUCUACGUGAACUUCUCAGAUGACCAACUCUUGAAACUCAGCCGUCCAGAGAAAUCACUAGCAGAUGAACAGCAGCCCGAAGAUGCUGUGGAUGAAUGAAAAGAAUGUGAAGCAUAACUUUCUAGGGUGAAGCUUAAGAAAGUUGGAAAUUAACUUGCAGUGUAUUUUUUUCUGUGUUCUUUGUAUUCAGUGAAUGCAUCUUAGAGCCUAUUCCUCAAAUGAUUUCAACAUUUGGGUUCCCUUCUUUGCUGAUUAUAUUUCUUUGAUAUGUUUGAAACUUGGGGUAUAAAUGUUUGGCGGGUUUUAGUCAUCGAAAUUCCUGGGAAAUUUGUUUACAACUAUUUUGCUAAUCUUACAAUCUUAAGGAUACUGUAUAAAAACCAACAUUGUAAUGUAUGCAUGCUGUACUAAGUCCAGUGGGCAUGAAUUCAUUGCUUUCUAUUUGUCACUUUUGGGGGGGCAGUGCUGGGGAUUGAACUUAUGACCUUGUGCUUUUGGUGCAGGCAUUCCGUCACUAAGCUGUAUCCAUCCCUCUACACUGGGUUUUCUGUGUCUCAACUCUAUGAUGAUACAGGUGGCUUUCUCUUCUGCCUUUGUUUUCCCUUCUUUCUGCCCAUCCAAUGUUCGUCCUUCAGAACAGCUCAACUUGGGAAGAAAUGAGCUCCUGAAACAAAGGAAUGUUGGCAGAGUCUGUGCUAUCCUGCUAGCGAUGAUAGCUUUCUUUUUAAUUGAUUUAUUAUUUAUUAUAAUUUAUUCACUUUGUAUUUCAGCUGUAAACCCCUCCCUCAUCUCCUCCCUGUCUAAUCCUCUCUCCCUCUUCCUCCACUAUGUCCCUCCCCUAGUCCACUGAUAGGGGAAGUCCUCCUCCUCUACUAUCUGACCCUAGCCUAUCAGGUUUCAUCAAAACUGGCUGUGGCAUCUUCUUCCUCUGUGGCCUGGCAAGGCUCCCUUCCUACACCCCUGCCCCUUUCUUAAGUGUGAUGGAUUAUUUAUCACUCUCAGUUUGAUAAGUUCUUCUGAAGUUUGGGCCUUUGGCAUGCAGGGAAUAAAGGUGAACCGUAUUAAAAGAAAGUCUGCGGCAUUAUCCUUCUCAGCAGACACAGAGAAGGAAGAAGGUUUGUCCAGCUCUGAGCUAGUAAUCUGAUCUCCUGAGAAGGCUUCAUGCCCACACGUGUAAGUUACGUUGGCCUCGUAGAUGGAAGUCUAGUUUAUUUCUAGUUCAUCAUAAGCUGACCGUGGCCCCAACUUUAACACAGUUUGGAUUACUGCACGUACAGCAUUGCUCAUUUUUGCUAGCAUGCCUUUGUUGGCCCUGCCUGAUAUUAACGAUUGCUUACACAUUUUCCUGACUUGUUGAAAUGAGGAAAUCUGUAGCUACUAUUUUAAAGGGCAUCCACAUUCCUAGGGACAUCUUUAUCUAGUCUUUCUAUUUCAGUUGACUAUUCAUUUCUGUUAAUUUUGUUUUUGAAGUACAGGAGAUUGAACCCAGGGCCUUGCACAUGCAAGGUAAGCACUUUAGCACUGAGCCAUACUCCCAGCCUACUAUUUGUCCAUUUAAAAAAAGCAAUGGCACUAUUCCUAAUUGUCUGAGAAAGCGCCAGAUUGAUUUCCAAAGUGGUUGUACAAGUUUACAUUCCCACCAGCAGUGGAGGAGGGUUCCCCUUUCUCCACAUCCUCUCCAGCAUGUGUUGUCACUUGAGCUUUUGAUCUUGGCCAUUCUGAUGGGUGUAAGGUGAAAUCUCAGGGUUGUUUUGAUUUGCAUCUCCCUGAUGACUAAAGACUUUGAGCAUUUCUUUAAGUGUUUCUCUGCCAUUCGAUAUUCUUCUACAGAGAAUUCUCGGUUUAACUCUGUACCCCAUUCUUUAAUUGGAUUACUUGAUUUGUUGCUUUUUAACUUCUUUAGUUCUAUAUAUCUACUGGAUAUUAACCCUCUGUCAGAUAUAGGGUUGAUGAAGAUCCUUUCCCAGUCUGUAGGCUGUUGUUUUGUUCUAUGAUAGUGUCUUUUGCUUUACAGAAACUUUUCAGUUUCAUGAGGUCCCAUUUAUUGAUUUUUGAUCUUAGAGCCUGUUUUGUUGGUGUUCUGUUCAGGAAGUAGGAGCAGCCUAACUAGGCCACAGAGGAAGACAUUGCAACCAGUUCUGGUGAGACUUGAUAAGCUAGGGUCAGAUGGAAGGGGAGGAGGUCCUUCCCUAUCAGUGAAUUUAGAGAGGGGCA